UUACCAAAAUUCCCCCCAUCAUCAAACGGCAAACCAUUGGAGCAUUCUCUUCCCUCUCUUCCUCCUCGCUCCACCCCCUUCCUCUACGCACACUCGUCUUCCUCCUCCAUUCAGCGCACACUCCCUUGCUCCAGAUCCUCUUCCCAACGACUCCAUCGAGUCACCUCCCAUGGCGUCGCCCUCGGGAAACCCUACUCCCAACCCAAAUGCCCCAUUCGAGCUCAACAGACUCUUCAAGCCUUCCCCAAACCCUAACCAUCCCACAACCGUACCAACCACAACCGGCAUCUUCCCGGGAGCCCCGCCAGGCGCACCAAUGGCUUCUGGGCCGCCGGGACCCUUCUCCUACCCGACGGCCACCCCGCCCUUCCAUCGCAACCCUUACCUCCACUACCCCAACGACCCCCACGCCGUCCACCUCCCCGUCACCGCCUACGCGAACCCUAACCCCACCCCAAACCCUAUCCCUAGCUCGAACCCCAACCCGGGCGCCCGGCUCAUGCAGCUGCUGGGAAACACCGCGCCUACCCACCUCGAGUCAGUGGUGUCCAUGCCGCCGGCGUCGUCGGAGUUCUCUGGGCCUCCAGUGGCACCGCUUCCAGGGAUGCCAUCAGCGCCACCAGCGAGGAUGACGAGCAGCAAGAUGCCCCGGGGAAGAUUGCUGGGGCCUGGGGACAGGGCCGUGCAUGAUGUUGACUCGCGCCUGCCCGGGGAGGCACAACCGCCUCAGCUGGAGGUGACGCCCAUCACCAAGUACACAUCGGACCCGGGGCUGGUGCUUGGCCGGCAGAUCGCUGUGAACCGGACCUACAUCGUGUACGGCCUCAAGCUUGGCAACAUCCGCGUGCUUAACAUCAACACUGCGCUCCGUGCACUCCUUCGUGGGCACACACAGAGGGUGACGGACAUGGCUUUCUUUGCAGAAGACGUCCACCGUUUGGCCAGUGCAAGUGUAGAUGGGCGUAUAUAUGUAUGGAAGAUUGACGAGGGGCCCGAUGAAGAAAAUAAAUCACAAAUCUCAGGAAAGAUUGAAAUUGGCAUCCAGAUAGUAGGAGAUGCUGAAACUUACCAUCCAAGAAUAUGUUGGCACUCCCAUAAGCAAGAAAUUCUGUUUGUUGGAAUUGGGAACUGCGUCUUAAGAAUAGAUACAACAAAAGUGGGAAGAGGAAGAGACUUCAGUAGAGAAGAGCCUCUUGAAUGCUCACUCGACAAGCUGAUUGACGGUGUGCACUUGGUUGGUAAACAUGAUGGGGAUGUCACAGAUCUAUCCUUAUCUCAAUGGAUGACUACACGACUGGCUUCAGCAUCAAAAGAUGGCACGGUAAAAAUAUGGGACGAUCGCAGGGUGGUGCCUCUAUCUGUGAUAAAUCCUCAUGAUGGUAAAGCUGUUUACUCGGUUUCUUUCCUUACGGCACCUGAGCAACCAAAUCAUAUAAAUCUCGUUACAGCGGGCCCUCUCAACCGAGAAGUAAAAAUUUGGGCUUCCUCUGAUAAGGAAGGUUGGUUGUUGCCAAGUGACUCUGAGACUUGGAGAUGCGCUCAAACUCUGGAACUUACGAGUUCUCUGGGACAUAGGUUUGAGGAAGCAUUUUUCAACCAAGUAGCAGUGUUACCACAAGCUAGCCUUAUUUUGCUUGCGAAUGCCAAAAAGAAUGCUAUAUAUGCUGUCCAUGUUGAGUAUGGUCCAGAUCCCGCUUCUACUCGGUUGGACUAUAUAGCAGAUUUCACAGUUGCAAUGCCUAUUUUAAGUCUUACAGGAACACAUGAAAGCCAACCAGAUGGUGAACAAGUAGUACAAGUCUAUUGUGUCCAGACAAUGGCUAUCCAGCAGUAUGGAUUGGAGUUAUCACUCUGUUUGCCUCCUACAGCUGAUAAUAUUGGGCUUGGUAGGGAUCCGGCUAUAUCUCAUGUAUAUGAGAGACCUCUAGAAGUGGCACCAGUGGAGUCAUCCAUAGGAACUAGUCUAAUUGGGCCUGCUGUUGUUACUUCACAUAAGCCAUCUAUUCAUCAGGGCAGAGAAGCUGAUAGUACUACUCAUGCUCCAUCCCUGACUCCUACAUCAGACAUGGAUAAUGCUGGAUCUUAUGAAGAAGCUGUCUUGAGAAGAGUUCCUUCAAGAGGCCCAUCUAUUGGUGAUCAUGAUGUCGAACAGUCAUCUUUUGAUUAUUCAAGUAAGAAAAGGAUGGAUUCUGAUGCUACAAGUGGGCGAGGAGCAUUUGGUAGGAAGGAAAGCUUUGGGAAGGAAGAGCCAAGAGGUGGCCAGGGUGAUAGUACAAUUUCAGAUCCUCAUCCCACGUUUAUGGUCGGAAUGAACGCUACACACUUGAUCACCCCAUCUGAAAUUAUUUCAGGUGUGCUCCCGUCUUCUGAAACGGCUGCUAGCGGUAGCCCUCAAAACGUAGAAGUGGAGUCUAAGCACGUGGUUGAGAAAAACCCCGAUCAAAAUGUUGAAUUUGAUGCCGUUAAGGAGACCCAAAUUGUUCACAAGAAAAUGGAGAGACUUAACAAGCCUUUGGAGCAAACUGUAGACGCAGUCAGUGAGCGCUCUGUAACAACGGACAAGUACAGCAUGGAAGAUUCCCAGCGAUCAACGCCCAUGCUUUUGAAGCAGCAUUCCGGUGUUGGGGAUGAAAAUGUUCCAAGGAGGACAACUGAAGCUCCUAAGAAAAAUGAUGGCUCGUGUGCUUCAAGGAACUUGCAGUUACCCUCAGCUACCAAAGAGGAAAAAGUUCUUCAUACUCAGGUGUCUGGGCAGUUGUCUCCUCCUACAAACACUUUUAACUCUACUGAUUCCUCACAUGAACCUCCAAGCAAUACCAACCCUGCUAUUGAUUCUGUCCUGCAAGUAGCUGCUCUUCAGGGAACACUGCAACAGCUUAUGGCUAUGCAUAAUGAUCUGCAAAAGCAGCUGAGCACAAUUGUGUCUGCUCCUAUGGCAAAGGAGGGCAAAAGGAUUGAAGCAUCACUAGGGCGUAACAUCGAGAAGUCUAUAAAGGCUAAUGUUGAUGCCAUGUGGGCUCGUGUCCAGGAGGAAAAUGCAAGGCAUGAAAAGGCUGAAAGGGAGCGAAUGCAGCAGAUUGCUACUCUAAUCACAACUUCUGUAAACAAGGAUAUUCCUGCUAUGCUAGAGAAGUCAUUAAAGAAAGAAAUAUCUUCACUGGGACCUACUGUUGCAAGGACAACAGCACCUAUCAUCGAGAAGUCCUUGUCUUCUGCUGUUUCUGAUUCACUUCAGAAAGUUCUUGGCGAAAAGGUCGUGAAUCAGCUGGAUAGGUCUGUAAGCACGAAACUUGAAGCUACAGUCUCUAAGCAGAUCCAAACACAGUUCCAUACAUCUGCCAAGCAAGCACUACAGGAUGCUUUACGCUCAAGCUUUGAGUCAUCAAUUAUCCCAGCAUUUGAACAAUCUUGUAGGACAAUGUUUGAGCAAGUAGAUGGUGCAUUCCAGAAGGGAAUGUCCGAGCAUGGUGCUGCUGUUCAGCAGCAGGUUGCGGCAGCACAGACUCCAUUGGCACAAACACUAAGGGAAACAAUCACUUCAGCAUCAUCAAUUACCCAGGGUCUUACGUCAGAGUUACUUGAUGGGCAGCGCAAGCUUUUGGCUCUAGUUGCAUCCGGGAACCCAACAUCACAUAAUACUACUGUUUUGCAGCCCACUAAUGGACCAAUGCCUAAUCUUCCCGAGGUUGAUGUUCCACUGGACCCGAUGAAGGAGCUUAGCAGACUAAUUUCUGAGCACAAAUUCGAUGAGGCGUUUACAAUGGCUCUCCAAAGAAGUGAUGUCUCCAUAGUGUCUUGGUUGUGCUCUCAGGUUGAUUUGCAAGGGUUGUGUAGACUGAACCCCGUACCUCUGAACCAAGGUGUCCUUCUAGCCCUUUUCCAGCAACUUGCGUGCGACAUAUCCAAUGAUACAUCCCUGAAGCUUCAAUGGAUGCAAGCCGUGGCCAUGGCAAUCCAACCUGCAGACCCGGUGAUUGCCCAUCAUGUGAGGCCCGUAUUCGAGCAAGUGUACAGCGUCUUGGCUCACCAGCAGUCACUACCAAGAAUCAGCCCACUGGAAAUGAACAACAUCCGCCUAAUCAUGCAUAUAAUCAAUUCAGUGUUGCUGAGCUACAAGUAAUGCGAUAGGGUGCAUUCUGUAGUUUGUGUAAGUUCGAACCAUAUGAUCUAUAACAGCGUCCUUGUAUAGAGAAAAUUUUGAGCGAAUUGAACCGACAAAAUGGCAAACCAGUACCUAGCAGGAUGGGAGGUGAUGUAAAUUGGUUGUGUUCAAGUCCCUACUGAGCUGGUACUUCUUUCAUGUGGGGUCCGUGGUGCCUGGCAUCAGCGCAGUGUUUGAGCUCGGUAAUCAGUAUUUUUUUAUUCCUUCCAAA